AUGCUUGCUGCUGCUAAAAGAACCUACCUGGAAUCAGGGUGGUCCUUCAAAAGUGGCCGAGAUGGAGAUGAGGAGUGGAAGCCUGUCGCUCGAGUGCCAACAGUGGUCCAUAUUGACUUGAUGGACAAUGGCAUCAUCUCUGACCCCUUUCUCAAUAUGAACGAAAUCGAUGCUGAGUGGGUUGGGGAAACGUCUUGGAGCUACCGCACCACCUUUGCCUCUCCCGCUAAAGAGGGUUCGUCAGUUUACCUACUCUUUGACGGACUUGACACUUUUGCCAAAGUCAAGCUUAACGAAUCCGUUAUCCUUGAGAGCUGCAACAUGUUUGUUAGUCAUCGGGUUGAUGUUACAAACCUGCUUAAGAAGGACAACUCCUUGACCAUUGACUUUGAUAGCGCAUUGCUGCGCGGUCGCGAGAUCAAGGAGAAGAUGUCGGAUCACCAGUUUGUACUGUUCAACGGAGAGGCUGGGCGGCUAGCAGUUCGGAAAGCCCAAUAUCACUGGGGUUGGGAUUGGGGUCCCAAGCUCAUGACCGCUGGGCCUUGGAGACCAGUCAGACUCGAGGUGUCUUAUGCACACAUCGAUGAUGUGUUUGUAAAGUACGAAUUGUCUGAUGAUCUCAAGACUGUGGAAGGCAGCGUUGACAUCGAGGUGGACGGCGGAUUUGACCAAGCAUGCCUGUCUAUUCGUUUCGAAGACAAUGUCGUGUUUUCCAGUGAGGCAUCAUCUCCAUCGACAGGCCGUGCUAGCAUUCCAUUUAAUAUCAAAGACCCAAAGCCCUGGUAUCCGGCCAGCUAUGGUAACCAGCACAUGUACGAAGUCACGGUGGACAUCAUCAAGGGCGGUCAAGUCCUCGACAGCUGGACCAAGAAGACGGGAUUCCGACGCAGUGAGCUCAUCCAGAGGGACGAUUCUCACGGUCAGUCGUUCUUUUUUCGAGUCAAUGGCAUCGACAUCUUUUGUGGCGGAUCAUGUUGGAUUCCAGCGGACAGCCUCCUGCCGAAAAUCACACCAGACAGGUAUCGGAAGUGGUUGCAGCUGAUGAUAGAUGGAAAUCAGAUUAUGACACGAGUUUGGGGGGGAGGCAUCUACGAGGAAGAUGCAUUCUACGAUGCCUGCGACGAACUUGGCAUCCUAGUCUGGCAGGACUUUAUGUUUGCGUGUGGCAACUAUCCAGUCUGGCCGGAGUUUAUUGACUCGAUUCGUCAUGAGGCCAAGCAGAACGUGCGGCGUCUUCGGCACCAUCCCUCUGUGGUUAUCUAUGCUGGUAACAAUGAAGAUUACCAAGUUCAAGAGGCGAGCGACCUUGACUACGAUUGGGAGGACAAAGACCCGCAAUCUUGGUUAAAGACGAACUACCCUGCUCGAUACUACUACGAACAUCUCUUGCCCGAGGCGGUGGCUGAGGAGAGUCAGGGUGUUGUUUACUGGCCUGCAUCGCCCUUUUCCAGUGGAAAGCCUACGAAUGACAAGACGGUCGGUGAUAUUCAUCAAUGGAAUGUUUGGCACGGAACACAGGAAAAAUACCAGACUUUCCACAAUCUGGGCGGCAGGUUCAACAGUGAAUUCGGCAUGGAGGCCUUUCCCGUUCUGUCAACCAUCCAACACUUCAUCACUGACACCGCCGAGUAUUUCCAACAGUCCCAGACCAUGGAUUUUCACAACAAAGCUGACGGACAUGAGCGGCGCCUCGCAACAUACCUAGUCGAAAACUUUCGUCCCCGAGAAGAUUUAGAAUCUUACGUCUACUUGACUCAGCUCUGCCAGAGUGAGGCGCUGACCUACGCAUACCGCGGCUGGCGACGCCAAUGGGGUGAUGAUCGCCGCUGCGGAGGCGUUCUCGUCUGGCAGCUGAACGAUUGCUGGCCUGGUAUUUCAUGGGCGAUUGUGGACUACUUCCUCCGAAAGAAGCCUGCCUUUUACGCCAUUGCCCGCGCCCUCGAACCUCUCGCAGUUGCAGUCGAACGGGAUCAUCACGACUGGAGCGUCUGCCACGCGAGACCGGCAAAGAAAUCCCCUUUCAGUGUCUGGACCGUCAACAGUCAGCGUGAGGUCAAAGGAGACGUCGAAGUUCGUUUCAUUUCAGUCAAAACGGGCAACGACAUCAAAGACAAGAUCCUACGGAAGGACGUAGCCAUCGCCGGCAAUGGUACUACUGAGGUCUUGUCUGGGGAGGUCGACAAUUGCAAAGAAGAACCCCACGUGAUUGCUGUACGACUUCUUGUCGAUGGAGUGUGUGUCUCUAGGAGUGUUGAUUGGCCGCAGCCGAUGAAGUACCUGGACCUUUCGGAAAGGAAUGUCAAGGUUGAUGUUUCUGAUGGACAGUACGUCAUUACUGCGCAGAGGCCUACCAAGGGAGUUGUGCUGGAAGAAGUGGAUGGAGUCACGCUGAGCGACAAUUGCGUCGAUAUUGUACCUGGUGAUGAAGUUCGGAUUGCAAUUAGUGGUUCGGGAUCAGUGGCACCGUCGCCCAAGUUCAAGUACCUCGGUCAACCUUAG